GUGGAAGUGGGACUUGAAGCUCAGCGUCUCUCUGACUGUAGCAAGUUGCUGCUCGCUGGUGCCAACGCCCGGCGAUAGAGAGCUAACGUACGGACACGGAGGGACACUGCAGCCAUCGUAACUGUGAGCAGUGUCAGAAAGCACAACGAUGCAGACUAUCAAAUGUGUGGUGGUGGGAGAUGGAGCAGUGGGUAAAACCUGCCUUUUGAUUUCAUACACCACCAACAAAUUCCCCUCGGAAUAUGUACCAACAGUUUUUGACAACUAUGCAGUAACUGUAAUGAUCGGGGGUGAACCAUACACCCUUGGCUUAUUUGAUACAGCAGGUCAGGAAGAUUAUGACCGACUACGACCACUAAGCUACCCUCAAACAGAUGUGUUUUUAGUCUGUUUCUCAGUUGUUUCACCUUCCUCUUUUGAGAACGUCAAAGAAAAGUGGGUUCCUGAAAUAACCCACCACUGUCCCAAGACCCCGUUCCUGUUGGUAGGCACUCAGAUUGACCUGCGCGAUGACCCCUCCACAGUGGAGAAGCUAGCCAAGAACAAACAGAAGCCAAUAACACCUGAGACAGCAGAGAAGCUGGCUCGUGACCUUAAGGCAGUCAAAUAUGUUGAGUGCUCGGCCCUAACGCAGAAAGGAUUAAAGAAUGUGUUUGAUGAGGCAAUACUGGCUGCCCUGGAGCCCCCUGAACCUAAGAAAAGACGUAAAUGUGUUCUGCUCUAAGUUUCGUCGCAGCCGUCUACGCCAGUUUCCAAAUCUAGGUUAGCAGAAGAGGUUUGCUGCACAAGCACAUUCCAGCAUGAAUUAAGGUAUCAUGAAACAUUUGCCUUCUGACUGACUUAACCCCAUACAGACUGUUUAAACAGAGUUUAGGAUUUGAAUAACAUUGGAUGCUGUUUGUGAUGAUUUGAUGCCACUUAAAUGGCCUUAAAUGAUGUAAACACUUGAUUCAUUAAUAGAUCUUAAACUGUAGGUAACAUGAAAUAACCUUUGAGUUUACCACGCUAUGUUUAGAGAUCUUUUUGAGAAGUGCACUUUUUGAGAAGCGCUCUUCUAAAAGAACUGACUUUAAAUGGUAUUUAUACCAUACCAACACAAACAAGCUUAUAAUUUAAAGAUACUCUUAGUCCACCGACUGAUCAGUACUUCCCAAGAACUCCCAUUAAUGUCUAUGGUUCUUACCUUCUGUUAAACUCCGGCACACAAGCCUGCCUUUUCUUAUCUCAUACCAACAGUAACAGUGGAAUAUCUAGAAAUAUAUACAUUUUGCUUAAGUUGUGGAACUAAAAUAUUUUGUUUCUCAUCUACUUUUAUCAAGACUUAAACAUUUCUCAUGUCACCUUAUUUGUUGUUUAUUUACACAUUAUUAAAUGUUUUGACACUAUAGCCUCCAGGGAGAACCAAGAAAUAUGCGACAAGUUUGACAUUUCUAGGCUAUGCUGUCAGUAAAGUGAUCCAAUAGAUUGGCAUUGCCAGUUGAGGGCUCCACAGGCCAUCGCAGAAGUGGGAAUUGUACAGGGUUAAAAAAAAAAACAAUGCGUACGCUACAUUUGAAUUACAUAUCACAGUUAUCCACUAUCAAUUUAAGUUACAGGAUAUGGCUGGGACAUAUGUUGAGUUCCAUUUUUCAACACAAGAAAACAUUUGUCCUGGUUGCUUUUCAGAAUUGCAAAGCUGAACUUUGCAGGAGCAUUUCAGCCCAUAACCCCAGGCUAAACAACUAUUUUGUAAACUGAACAAACUUGCUUUGAAACUGCAGCAGCAUUAAGUCAAAGAAUGCCUUGUGACAGUCCUUUAAAAGUGCUCCAUUUAGACUGAAACCAUGUGAAGAUGUUUGACUGAACUAGCUCUAUUUGCAUUUGUCUUUUACUAUAUCCAUGCUGCAGUCGUUGGCUUGAAUUUGUAAAUACAGUGAGAAUAACUCCUAACUUAUUGACUGAAUACAGUGUGUGCUUUACUGAAACCAAGAUUUAGGACAAGCUGAGAUGACACUGAUGAUGAAUUAACACAGAAAAUGUUAAGUGAAGGAGUGUUUUGAUUUUUAUUCAAUUUGACAUCAAAAUGUAUCUUGCAUCACAAAAAACAGUAUUAUGAAUAAACCUAACGUCAAAUACU